AUGGACCAGGAUUUUGCUAUUCUUUCUGGGGGAAAAACCCCACUUUUCUACCUUUCACGACGCCGAGCGAGUAUAGCUAACAACGCCCAGACGUCCACCUCUCAGGUCGCCCAGUCGCCCACCUCUCAGGUCGCCCAGUCGCCCAUCUCCAUGAUGUUCACUCGCCUGUAUGAUUGGGGGACGGGGGCAUCUGAUUACGUCGUGAGAAAGUGGGGGAGGAAAAAAGAGCAGGGUAAGGGAGAGGAGAGGAGAGCAGAGGAGAGGAGAGGACAGGAGAGGAGAGCGGAGGACAGGAGAGCGGAGGACAGGAGAGGAGAGGACAGGAGAGCAGAGGAGAGGAGAGCGGGGGAGAGCAGAGGAGUGGAGAGCAGAGGACAGGAGAGCAGAGGAGUGGAGAGCGGAGGAGAGCAGAGGACAGGAGAGCAGAGGAGAGCAGAGGAGUGGAGAGCGGAGGAGAGCAGAGGAGAGGAGAGCGGAGGAGAGCAGAGGACAGGAGAGCAGAGGAGAGCGGAGGAGAGCAGAGGACAGGAGAGCAGAGGAGAGCGGAGGAGAGCAGAGGACAGGAGAGCAGAGGAGAGCAGAGGAGAGGAGAGCGGAGGAGAGCAGAGGAGAGGAGAGCAGAGGACAGGAGAGCAGAGGAGAGGAGAGCGGAGGAGAGCAGAGGAGAGCGGAGGAGAGCAGAUGAGUGGAGUGGAGAGCAGAGGACAGGAGAGAUGA